AUGUGCACCGAAACCAUCGUGCAAUACACAUGUGGCUGCUCCGAAGUCAAAGAGAUUAUCUUCUGCGAGUUUUUGCUCCAACCCGCCAAGGGACAUUAUGCGAAUGGCGAGCAGACGAAGUAUGAGGUUGUGACUGUGGAUGCUGCGGUGGAGUGUGAGAGAUGUAGCGAGAAGGGGAAGAAAGAAAGGGAAGAAGAAGAGAGGAAGAAGGGAAAGAGUAAGAGAAAGAGAGGAGAGAGCUGGUAA